AUGCAGAACAGUAGGGAUCUCAACCAAUCCAUAAACCACUUUGAAGGCGCCUUGGAUUUCUGCCUCAUUGUCCAUUCCUACUGCCCUGCAGCACUGCUCAAUCUAGCUACCGCAAAGUUUGUCAGUCACAAAGCUAACAGAAGACACCUCGACCUCAACAUCCCUAUCAAUCUGUUUCAAGAUGCCCUUGAUUUGUAUCCCACUGAACAUCCAGACCGAACCAUCACCCAGCUCCAUCUUGCCAUUGCUCUGCAACCUCACUUCGCAAAAUGGGGAUUUCAAACAGAUGCUAAUGCAGCUAGAGAGUUACUGAGUGAAGUCCUUGAUGUCUGCCAUGCCAACAGUCACAUUUGCAGAGCAGCUUUGAUUGCAAUCAAAAUACCUGCUCUGUAUUCUGCUGAAAGCAUUGAUGCGAAUGAUAUUGGGCAAGAGCAGCCUGCCGCACCCAUGCUUCUGUUAUCGCCGGAUCAACUUGGUCAUUGA